UCAAACUUGACAUCAGCCCCUGAGCCGAGAAUGGUAACUUGUGUCGGAAUCGGAGCCCUCACAUCAGUGGCAUGCUUCGUGGAGUUAUGUACCUCUUGUUGCCCUCUGAACUGCCGUCAUGGAUUGCAGCCCCCCUGUACUUUUUCUCGUCUUCUUCUCGUUUCUUUGCAGAGGACAACUGACUAGCAAUGCCUCCAAUGAAGUGAACAUACUGGAUUCUAAAGCAGGCCAAGGAGAACUAGGUUGGAUUUCCUACCCGUCACAUGGGUGGGAAGAGAUCAGUGGUGUGGAUGAACACUACACGCCCAUCCGGACCUUCCAGGUGUGCAACGUCAUGGAGUACAACCAGAACAACUGGUUGAGGACCAACUGGAUCCCUCGCAACUCCGCACAGAAGAUUUAUGUAGAACUCAAGUUUACUCUGAGAGAUUGCAACAGUAUUCCCCUGGUCCUGGGCACCUGCAAAGAGACCUUCAACCUUUACUACCUAGAGACAGAUGAGGACCAGGGUGUCAAGUUCAGGGAGCACCAGUACGUCAAAAUCGACACCAUUGCAGCCGACGAGAGUUUUACACAAACGGACCUGGGUGACCGGAUCCUCAAGCUUAACACGGAGGUGCGGGAGGUGGGACCCAUCACCAGGAAGGGCUUCUACCUGGCCUUCCAGGAUGUGGGGGCCUGUGUGGCCCUGGUGUCGGUGCGGGUAUACUAUAAGAAGUGCCCCUCUAUAGUGCGCAACCUGGCCAUGUUCCCUGACACAGUGCAUAUGGAGUUCCAGUCUCUAGUGGAAGUUCUGGGCUCCUGCGUCAACAACUCCAAGCAGGAGGAUCUCCCAAAGAUGUACUGUAGCCCUGAGGGGGAAUGGCUGGUGCCCAUUGGGAAGUGUCUGUGUAACAUUGGCUACGAGGAACGAGGGCUUUCCUGCCAAGCCUGCAGGCCCGGUUUCUACAAGUCUUCCACCGGCAGCCCGAGAUGCACCAAAUGCCCCCCUCACAGCCAUUCCCAACAGGAGGGAGCUAUCCACUGUGACUGUGAAAAGGACUACUUCCGCUCAGAGGGGGACCCGCAGUCCAUGGCUUGUACCCGGCCGCCGUCUGCACCCGGGAACGUCAUCUCUGUCAUUAAUGAGACGUCGGUGAUCCUGGAAUGGAGCUGGCCGGCAGACACAGGUGGCAGGAAGGACGUGACCUUCACUGUGGUGUGCAAGCGCUGUGGGCGGGGCCAGCAGCAGUGUGAGCCCUGUCGUGGUGCGGUCCGCUUCCUGCCCAGCUCGUCCGGGCUGAGGAACACCACCGUGACCGUUACCGACCUGCUGGCGCACACCAACUACACCUUCGAGAUCGAAGCCCUCAACGGGGUCUCCGAUCUAGCAGCGGGCCAGCGCCAGUUUGCCGCUGUAACCAUAACAACCAACCAAGCAGCACCAUCUCCUGUCACGGUCAUCAAGAAGGACAGAGCUUCCCGAAAUAGCAUAUCUCUGUCCUGGCUGGAACCAGAGAGACCCAAUGGCAUUAUUCUGGACUACGAGGUCAAGUACUAUGAGAAGCAGGAGCAGGAGACGAGCUACACCAUCCUGAGGUCCAAGGGCACCAACGUGACGCUGAGCGGCCUCAAGCCUGACACCAGCUACCUGGUGCAGAUCCGGGCUCGCACGGCCGCUGGUUACGGACUCAGCAGCCGCAACUUCCAGUUUGAGACCAGCCCAGACUCUUUCUCCAUUUCCGGUGAAAACAGCCAGGUGGUGCUGAUCGCCAUCUCUUGUGCCGUGGCCAUCAUUGUCCUGACGGUGGUGGUGUAUGUUCUCAUCAACAGGAUUUGUGGUUACAGAAAAUCAAAAGAUUCAGAUGAAAAGAGGUUUCACUGUGGUAACGGACACUUGAGACUUCCUGGUAUAAAAACUUAUAUAGAUCCACAUACCUAUGAGGACCCCAGUCAAGCUGUCCACGAAUUUGCCAAAGAGCUCGAUGCUUCUGGGAUAGCUAUCGACAAGGUGGUGGGUGCAGGUGAGUUUGGUGAGGUGUGCAGUGGACGACUGCGGUUUCCCUCCAAGAAGGAGAUUUGUGUGGCAAUCAAGACCCUCAAGGCUGGAUACACGGAGAAGCAGAGGCGGGACUUCCUGAGUGAAGCCAGCAUCAUGGGCCAGUUUGACCAUCCCAACAUCAUCAGGCUGGAGGGCGUGGUCACUCGCAGUAAGCCGGUGAUGAUCGUGACGGAGUACAUGGAGAACGGUUCCCUGGAUGGCUUCUUGCGAAAGCACGACGCGCAGUUCACGGUGAUCCAGCUGGUGGGCAUGCUGCGCGGCAUCGCCUCGGGCAUGAAGUACCUGGCUGAGAUGGGCUACGUCCACCGGGACCUGGCCGCCCGCAACAUCCUGGUCAACAGCAACCUGGUGUGCAAGGUGUCCGACUUUGGGCUGUCGCGGGUGCUGGAGGACGACCCAGAGGCUGCCUACACCACUAGGGGUGGCAAGAUUCCAAUCAGGUGGACGGCGCCAGAGGCUAUCGCCUACCGCAAGUUUACCUCAGCUAGCGACGUGUGGAGCUACGGCAUCGUGCUGUGGGAAGUGAUGUCCUAUGGGGAGAGACCCUACUGGGAGAUGUCCAAUCAGGACGUGAUUAAAGCGGUGGAUGAUGGCUAUCGGCUGCCCCCCCCCAUGGACUGCCCUGCAGCCCUGUACCAGCUGAUGCUGGACUGCUUGCAGAAGGACCGCAACAAGCGGCCCAAGUUUGAGCAGAUUGUCAGCAUUCUGGACAAGCUCAUCCGCAACCCCAGCAGCCUGAAGAUCAUCGCCAACACCGCCUCCAGGCCUAGCAACGUAUUGCUGGACCGGACCAGCACAGACGUCCUCUCCUUCCACUCCACUGGGGACUGGCUGGACAAUGUGCAGACGCUACCUUGCAAAGAUGCCUUCAGCGGGCUGGGCUACAGUUCCUGUGACAGCCUGGCCAAGGCCACUGCUGAGGACUUCAAAAAGGCUGGCAUUGCCAUAGUAGGACCUCAGAAGAAGAUUGUGAGCAGUAUCAAGGCACUUGAAACAUACACUAAGAAUGGCCCAGUUCCUGUAUGAAACCUACCAUCCGCUUCGCCUUCAACUGAUGAAUUUAAUGAAAAGAGGAACUGACAUAUAAAAUAUACCCUUAGGAUUUAUGUAAAGAAUGAGUGAUAUCCCAACACCUACAGCAUGUGCUUUGGGCUAUAGAAUGACCUUCUGUCGAUGAUCAGUUGCCUUAUUUUUCACAUACGUGAAAAGAUGGAUCCAGGGAAUGAUUGAAGCUGUAUUUGAGGAUUGGGCAUCCAUACUUGAUGAAUGUGUCCACAAAUGCUAGCUAACUGGAAAUCAAGGUCCACAUAAACGGGUGAUGACAACUAUGAGAAAACGUGUCUAUUUUCAUCAGUACCAGCCUGUCCGCUGAAAGCCUGUAACAGUGGGGCAUAAAACACCUUUAACAUAUCAUAGGAAAGAACUGUCUGGAUACAACAGUGAGAUUCAGAGAUCUCAAGGUAGCAAGUCAUACUGGUGAAGGACUGGGAUCAUUCAGGGUGGAUCUGUCUGUAUGCUUCAGUGCACAGUAAGGUCAUUUUAGGAUGUGUAGGUCUGGCAUAAAGAGAAUCAGUGGUCUACAACCCGAAAAGCUUGUCAAAGCUCAGUUUGGAGGCAGGGAAAAACUGCGAAAGUGGAUCUAGAUGAAAAAGCACGAAAUGUAGAGAAGGACAAGUGGGUGUCUUUCAUACUAAUCGGGUGCUGUUUGCAAGAAUAUGUCAUACUGAGCAAUAAUACCAUGCAAGCCCGCAAUUAUUUUCUGUGAAUAUAAGUGAGACCUUCUUCUUCAGUUCAAGGACGUAGCUCAGUGGCUGUUGCUAUGCCCUUAGGAGUGCUGCAUUCUGGAGAAGCAUAAACCAGUCUGACGGCAAAACACCUGCUAUAAGAGAAGGCCACACUUGCAUGGCUCACUGUUGCAAAAAAUAAAAUAAAAUCUGCAGAAAAUGUAUCUUAAUACACUAAUACAUAUAUCAAGGGAAAAUAUGUCUAUACUAUUCACAUCUGAACAAACAAGAGCAUCUUAAUCAGAUUUUGUGCCAUUGUUUUUACAUUUUAAAUGGUGUUUCUUCAGAUAACCACAUCGGGGUUUUCGCAGUCACAAAAGCAACAGGUGUCUGACUGCGAUUCUUCUGAAAUGUGCAGUUAUCUUGCAGUUUUCUUGUACUGUACCUUGAAAUUCAUUAGUUAUUCCAUUGGUACCUACAUAUAUCCUAAUUAAGGACCAAAUCUCCUCAAGAUUGCUAUCAGUUUAUUAUUUUUUUGUUUGUUUUUGAUUGAGUACCUCAAACCCAUCCUACAUGUUACUACAUACCAUGAGUUUUUUGUGUGUGUUCAUUCUCUUACUUAAGAAUAAAUCUUAUAUAAAUUAAUAAUGUGGAAGUAUAUAAAUUUAACAGGUCACCUGGUCUGCUAAUCCAAGACCAUAAAUGAGGAUGUCUUUUGCUUCUUACUAGAGAACAAGGAAUUAUAGGGUUCUCCCCCCCCCCCCCCCCCCACCCCCCAGAAAUAGAAAAAUUCUACACCAUGUUGUGAAUCUUUUAUUUAUCCUUUGAAAAUGUUCAGGCUCACUGUAAAAAGGUUAUAUUGAUAACUAAAUCAAUUAAAUGUAUAUGGUGUCUUUUGAUCUAUUAAAAUAGCCAUUUUAAAACUCCAAUAUUUAACUUUCUCCACUGUGCACUAUAUAGGAAGUACUUUAGGCUCAGCAGACUAUGAAAUGUAAACUAUGAGGUUUUUCAAAAAUCAGUGUAUGAUACUGUUUCCACGCGUUCGGUCAUGAGGAUGUAGAAAAACGACAGUUCACCUUCAUGUGAUCAUUGUAAUGAUUUUAAGUAUUCAUACUAAUUUGCUGCACAUAGUAUCAUCACUGGACAGCAACACGACUUAUUUACCAGUUCCCGUUAUCGCCGCAAUUCUACUCGUCACGAAAGGAAUGAUGUCAUGCGUAUUCAGGAAGCGUUCACGCUCUGACAACGACUAACUAAAUGCCCCAAACUUGUGCCAUUUCAGAAUGAAUCACCCGGCUGCACUCAAACCGCUAGCAAAGAACGCUGCUCUUCGCGCUAUUCGCGUGUACGUAUGUAAACCAGCCACCGUAAUGAAGGCAGCCGUAAGCUAGCGGUACUGUAAGCCAUGGACAUCAAUUUGUACAAAUGUUUGUAUAUAUAUAUAAAAGAAAAAAAUAUUUGUGCAACCUUAAAAGAAAAAAAUACUUUGUAUUAUAUUUUUGUUAUUUUGUAUUGUAUUUGUUUUUACAUUUAAAAUGCAAUGAUAAUUUACAUAUUAUUUAUUUGUUAAAGUUUUGUUUUGUGGUAUAGCGUAAGUUAUGACAUGGUCAUGUGAUGGUUUUUCAGUGUUUUGUACUUUAUAAACAAGAAUUUCAAAAGAGCAAUAUUAUCAUGGGAACCCUCCCCAUCCUCUUUACCUUUAUUUUAUUU